AUGUUGGAUUUACUCUUGUCUCUCCCAAUUCUUUCCUACUUUGCCGCCCCAGCCCUGACAUCAUGGUCAACAUCUCUCAACUUGCUCUUUUUCUACAUGACAUGGAUGUCUCUCGUCCUGUCGCACAGCCCGUUGAAAAUUGAGCUGAUGGGAAUCUUCGCUGUGCGCGUAGCACUUUGGUUCAUACCGUCGCUCCUCUUCCUCCUCUUCGAUAGCGGCAUACCGAGCCUUUCCGAAUCUAUCAAGCUAUAUGGAUCGUCGUCGCUGCCACGGCGCAAUGCCGCCUUUGUGGCCAAACAGAUCCUCCUUGCCGUCUUCAAUCUGCUGCUCAUGACUGCUCUGCAGGCCGCCUUAUCGAUCGGCGCGACGACAUUACUGCAAGCCCCGCUCUUCAAGACCUCGACUACCCUGCCCUUACCUUGGCAGAUCAUCAAGCACAUCGGCUGGCUCUACUCGUGCAGAGAAGUCUUGACCUACUAUAUACAUCGCAAACUUCUGCAUUCCCGUGGUCCACUCACGAAUAUGCAUAAAUGUUAUGGCCAUCACCAUCGCGGAGCCCCGUAUUCUCUCAUGCUCUACACAGAUCACCCGUUACCUCUGAUGUUCCACCGAUUGCUGCCCGUCUACCUGCCCUCGCUCAUUAUACGCCCACAUCUUCUGACAUAUUUCUUGUUCACCUUGCUCACCACGGUGGAAGAGACCAUGUCCAUGUCAGGGUACAGUGUAGUUCCCGGCAUUCUCAUGAGCGGCGUCGCGCGUCGCACCGCAACUCACUAUGCGAGCGGCGGCCGGGGCAAUUUUGGCGCCUGGGGUCUACUCGAUUGGAUGAAUGGCACGAGUGUUGGCAAAGACGUCGUAGAAGAUCUACAAGACGAGGCAGAGAAGCAUCGAAUUAAAGAGCGGAGCGAGAGGGCAGCAAGCGAUGCCGGAAACAUGGUGCAAGGCGGGAUUGACCAGAUCAAGAAACGGCGAGCUGGAAGAAGAAAGGAUUAA